AUGACUAGUUUGGAUGAUACAAUAAUAUCGUAUCAGAAUUUAAUGUUACUCGAUAACAUGACCAACUAUAGCAAGCCUGCCAUUGACUAUUUCCAUCAUAAAUUUAAUGACGCAAGCUUGGAAAUGCCGGCUUCAUGGACACUGCUAUUGAAGAUGCGUAAACACAAAUUACUUCGAUUACCAAGUUGCUCCUCAGAGGAUGCGCUAGAUUACAAUAUGUAUCUCGUCAGGUUACAUCAUUGUCUCUGGAGGCGUUGGUCCAUAGACCACUAUGGUUUACAGAAUUCUAAAUCCAAUCCGCUCUCCAUCAACUGGAACAAAGAAACCGAUGUAACAGUGUUGUACGGUCCUGAUUUGACUAACAUAGAUAGUGUUGAAGAUAAAAUGUGGGCUGUCCAGGACCAAGUUGACCAAAAACAACCAAAAGAUUUAAAAUCUGCACUGAAGAAAAAUACGGAAUGUUGGAUAGAAGAGGAAGUGGAUGAGGUUAGCACUUCUAUAGAGAGCAAUGGCGCGUUGGUAAAAUUAGAAGACAUAUCGUGCGCAUCGUCUGUUGAUUCUCACACAUCCUCCAUCUUCGACCAGCGUUCUACAUGCACUAAAGUUUCCUCAAUAGAUGAAGAUGCUGAGGGCUUCGAACACGAAAAGAAGGUAGAAUUCCCCCGGAAAUUGAAGUUCAACCAAGCAGUGAUGAAAAGGGAGAUUGAUUCUAAAGGUCUUAUCCGCGAAUCUCUUGUCAACAUAAACGACAUCCAACAUUCCCGCCACCACCGCCAUCAUCACCGCCAUCAUCACCAUCACCAUCAACAGAGUCCCCGCGCUGAUGAAAGGAUAAAAGAGGCACAUUCCGAAUUCGACAGCUACACAUUCAGCGCUAUUGAAGAAGACAUUUUUUACAGGAACCAGGUUGUUUUUUAA